AUGCGUCUAUUUUUACUUACACAAACCACUAUUUCGUUUUUCCUCCUCCUCCUCCUCCUCCUCCUCCUCCUCCUAUCUCCUCUUCUCUUUUCUUUACCUUUAACCUUUCCGUCUUUCCUAAUUUCUUUCCUUUUUAAUUUCUAUUUUUAUUUUCUAUACACCUUCUUCUCCAUUUUUUACAUUCUUUCUUUCCUUUUUUUUCUUUCUUUAUGUUUUGCUUUCUUUUCAUAUUUAUACCUCAACUUACUUUUAUACUUUGCUUUUAUUCUUUCUACUUUGAUUUUCUUUAUCCACACUUUAUAUCUCUUUUUUAAAUUCUUUCUUUCUUUCUUUUCAUAUUUCUACCACGAUUAUUUUUAUACUUUGCUUUCUUUUAUUCUUUCUACUUUGAUGUUCUUUAUCCACACUUUAUAUCUCUAUUUUUUAAUCUUUCUUUCUUUUUCUUUCUUUCUUUCUUUCUUUCUUUCUUUCUUUCUUUCUUUCUUUCUUUCUUUCUUUCUUCUUUGCUUCUGUUUUCCUUUCUUUUCAUAUUUCUACCAUGAUUACGUUAUUUCACCGCCAUUUUACCCAACUCCUUCCUUCCUUUCUUUCUUUUUUUCAGUUUUCUACUUUUUUUUCCUUUAUUCAUUCUACUUUGAUUUUCUUUAUCCACACUUUCAUCUCCUUUUUAAAUUCUUUCUUUUUUUUCCCACUUUUUGA